AUGGUCAUUGAUAAUGAGGAGAACAAAAAAAAAUGGGAAUAUUCAAUCGAUGAAUGUAAAACAUGUAGUAACAAUAUAGAUGAAGACAUAUUAAAAGAUGACAAAGAUGUUUCCUAUUUUGAAAAAAUGAAAAGCUCGGAUAAUGUUUUGAAGUAUGAUGAAUGUUCUCCUUUUAAAGAGAAAGAUACAAGUUCCAAAGGGGAGCAUGUAAAAAGAGGACAAUUUUGUAAAAAUGAAAACAAUAAAAUAUAUGGUGAUGACAAUAAUAAUAAUAAUAAUAAAAAUGAUAUUUAUAGUGAUUAUGAUAAUAAUAAUAUUUAUAAUGAUGAUAAUAUUUAUAAUAUUUAUAAUAAUGAUGAUAAUAAUAUUUAUAGUUGUAAUAAUUCUUGUGUCUCGACUCAUUUUGGUAACACUAAAAGAAGUGACGACAUGAACAAUGCUGAGAAUAAAAAAAAAAAAAAUGAAAAAGAUUUAUUUUAUGAUAAAGUUGAUGAAAUAUUAAAUCGGCAAAGUGAUAACGAUGAUGAUUGGAUAUUCAAUGAAGAUGAUGAAAAAAAAAAUAAAAAUAAUGAUGGAGACGAUAAGAAAUAUGAUUAUAAUGAUUUACAAAAUAAUGAUAAUAAAUAUGAUUAUAAUGAUUUACAAAAUAAUAAUAAUAAUAAUAAAUAUGAUUAUAAUGAUUUACAAAAUAAUAAUAAUAAUAAAUAUGAUUAUAAUUUUUAUGAUGAUGAAAAAAAAAAAAGUCAUACCCCUUUUGAUUUUUACCAGGAGGAAAGACAAAAUAAAGCGUACUUCCUAAAUAUACAUACCUUAAAUUUUGAAGCUCAUAUGUUACACGCUCUUCUUAAAAAAAAUAAAUACAGACUUACAAAAUAUAAUACAAACAUGAAUAAUAUGAUAUAUAAAUAUUUAUAUUUGUAUAAAAAAAAAAAAAGUUUAAAAUAUAAACAUUUGAAUGAACAAUCUUAUAAUAAUUAUACUAAGCAUAAAACAUAUAAUUAUCAUCAUACGAAUGAAAAGGAAGAAAAAAAAAAUACGCAUGUAGAUAAACAAAAAAUAUAUGUACAUGAUAAUAAAGAAAAUGUGUCGCCUGAACAAGUCAUACCUAAUAAAAUUGAAAAUAUGGAAAAAGAUGAUAAAGGUAAAUUUAAUAAGACGGAUCAAACAAAUAAAUUAUUAAAUAUAUAUUAUUAUAAUAAAAAUAAUAAAUAUGGAUAUAUAACACCUGAUAAUGUUAAUGAUAAUGAUGAUGAUAAUGAUGAUGAUAAUGAUGAUCAUGAUGAUGAUAAUGACGAUAAUGACGAUAAUGAUGAUAAUGACGAUAAUGACGAUAAUGACGAUAAUGAUGAGAAAAAGAAGAAAAAAAAUAAUUUGAUGGAUGUAUACUUUUUAUAUAUGGAAUAUUUUAUAAGAAAAAAAAAAUUAACAGAAUUAAGAAACAUAUAUAAUAAAUAUAUAUAUAAUAAAGAUAAUUUAUUAUAUUUAAAAAAGUGGUAUUUGAAAAAUAUAUAUAUAUUGAACUCGAAAGGAUAUGAUGAAAGUAAUAUAAGAAUAAGUGAUCCGAAAAAAAUAUAUGAAUAUAACAAUAUAAAUAAUAAUUGUUCUGAUUUACCUGGAGGAGAGAACUGUCAUACGAGUUAUUAUUUUUGCCCUCCAUCCAUAAAAACUUAUUGUUUAAAUAAUUAUUUCAUUUGCCUGCUUUCAAAAAAUAACGAAAUUAUUGUUAUUAGCUAUAAAUUUAUAAAUAUACACAACUUAAUAUUUUUCAAAGAAAAUAAUAAUAUUGAUGAUUUUUUUUUUAAACAAGAAGGACCUAUUAAUUUAAACUUUAAUUAUUAUAAAUAUCCUCAUUAUGGUGUUAUAAAAAAUGAUCUUUGGAAAAAUAUUAAAAAUAUUCAUAUUAAUGAUAAGAAUAAGUUAUGUGUAAAUACCUCCAAUUGUAUAUACAUUUUUGAAAUUUUUUUAUCUAAUUCAAAAGUAAAAUAUAAAUAUUUAUAUAACUAUAUAGAGAAAGGAACUUUUCUAAAUAAAGAAAAUAACAUAUCAUCUUCUUUACAUAUUAAAGAGAAGAAAAUGUUAUAUUUUACUCCUUAUAAUAUAAUAUAUUUAAAUAAUAAUAAAAAUAUUUUUAAUAGCAGCAUAACCAUAACAAAAGAUAUCAAGUUUAAAUAUAAGAUUUUAAACACCUCAUUUUAUAAUAACAAUAUGUAUAUGGUCAUAUCGUAUUUUAAUAAAAUCACCGUUUUUAAAAAUGAAGCUAUCUAUUUUGUUUUAGAGUAUGAUAAAAAUGGUGAUGUGGUAAGUGAACAAGAGGUAGAUGAAAAGAAGAAAGAAGAAAGUGAAAUGAAUAAAGAGGUAAAUGAAAUGAAUAAAGAGGCAAAUGAGAUGAAUAAAGAGGCAAAUGAGAUGAAUAAAGAGGCAAAUGAGAUGAACAAAGAGGCAAAUGAGAUGAAUAAAGAGGUAAAUGCAAUGAAUAAAGAGGUAAAUGAGAUGAAUAAAGAGGUAAAUGAAAUGAAUAAAGAGGCAAAUCAUAAUUAUAAUUGUGAAAAAAAUAUAUGUAUAAAUACACAUGAGUAUGAUAAAAAAGGUGAAGAUGAAGAUAAAUACAAUUUAAAAGAUGAUUAUAUUAGUUACAUUCCCUUCCUUGGAAUUUUAGAAAAUAAUCAUUUUUGUGCUGCAUAUGGUAAAACAUUAACUGUUUUUGAAUAUGUUUCAAAGGUUGUUAUAAAAUAUAAAUAUAUAUUAAAUCAUUCCAUAUAUUUUUUUAAAAGUUGUGAUAAUAAUAUUAUUAUUAUAUAUGAUAAAUAUAAAUUAUAUGUGUAUCAAAUUAUGUUAAAUGGAGAUACAAAUUUUUGUAUACUUUUAUUAUAUGAAAAAAAAAUGAAUAAUGUAACAAGUCGCGUUAUAUCUGAGGGUUAUAACAUAUAUGAAAGUUAUGAUGGAUUUAUACAAGUAAAUAAGAAGAAUGUAAAAGUAAAUAAAAAUGAUAAAAUAGCUAACUCUAUGUUUUCUUUGUUUAAUCAAGAUAUAGCGUUAAAUGAAGAAAAUUCCAAAAAAGAUGUAUCUUUUUUUUAUAUUAAUUUGAUAUAUAUAUAUGUAUUAAAUAAUGAUAAAGUGGAUAUUAUAGUAAUUAACUCUUUGAUAUAUAUGAUUUAUCUUUUUUUUACUUACAAAAAAUAUGAUCUCCUCCUCAUGUUUAUGUUACACCUUUAUAAUGGAGAUGUGUGUGUGCUUAGUGACUUUUCUCUGAAGGAAGAAGAAAAAAAGAUACAAAUUCAGAAAUUGCUUUUUUUUUUUUUCGAGACCCAAAUGCGUGAUAUUAUAGAAAAUUAUAAGGAUUAUAAGGAGAAACAAAUACAUAAUAAUGAUUAUUUUUUAAAAUAUAGAGGUGAUAAAAAGGAGGAUCUAAGAGAUAAGAAAACCCUCAAUAAUAAUGAUAAGAAUAAAAAUAAUGAUUAUGAUAAGUGCAGUGAAUACAUUUCUUAUGAGUACACACCCAUGAGGGAUAUUACUUACACAGUAUCAUCUUUAUCAAGCACUUUAUCAUCAUGUUCUUUAUCAAGGGAUGAAAAAAAGGAGGAAGACUCCAUUAUGUCCUUGCCUAAGGAAGAUAAUAGGUAUCAUAAAUAUAUUUUAGAUGACCAAGAUAGUUAUAAUUUAUCCCCACAUGAUAAUAAUACAAAUGAUUAUGAAUAUAUUAAAAAUAAGAAAGAAGUAAUAUUAAAAGAUGAAGAAGAAGAUAUAUAUAUAAAUAAUAAAAUUAUUAAUAAAGAAUGUAUUGAAGAAUUAAUACACUUAUGUUAUUUAAGCAUAGAACUAAGUAUAAAAUUUAAUAUAAAUUUAUACGAAUAUACGUUUCAUCUUUUCAAAAUGUAUAAUAUAGAAAAUGUAUAUUUUUAUAUAUGUGAACCUUAUAUAAUAAAUAAAAAAAUAUGUCUUACUCAUCACUCUUUAAUAUAUAACUUGGUACAGUAUUUUAAGAGAUUUUAUAGUAUAUUUUGUUUGUAUGAUGAUACAUAUUAUGAUUUGUUCUUGUUCUUUUGUGCGUUGCUAACUAGUAAGGGGGGUGAUGAAAUAAUUAAAGGACACAAGGGUAUUAUUACAACGCAGGGAGGUAAAAAUGAAACGGACGAAGGAAAUAAAAAUGAAACGAAAGAGGGAAAUAAAAAUGAAACGGAUGAGGUUUAUAAAAAUGAAACGGAUGAGGUUUGUAAAAAUGAAACGGACGAGGUUUAUAAAAAUGAAACGGACGAGGUUUAUAAAAAUGAAACGGACGAGGUUUAUAAAAAUGAAACGGAAGAGGUUUAUAAAAAUGAAACGGAAGAGUUUUAUAAAAAUGAUGAUUAUUAUGAUGAUUAUUAUGAUAAUAAUUAUGAUGAUGAUUAUUAUUAUGGUGAGCAUGAUCAUUACGACAGUAUAAUGAAUAAUGGAUACCUUACCAAAUUCAUAUUAAUUUUAAAAAUUCAAAAUAAAAGAGAAAAUUAUCAAUCAAAUUCUCCUCAUAAUCAUAAUACAGUACUUUAUAAAAAGAAAGAAAAAAUUGAUAAUAUGUACCAAGGCAAUAUGAUGAUAUGUGAGGAUAAAAGUAAGGAAUAUAUAAAUGAGGAGUGGAUAACAUUUGAUUAUUAUUUUAUUAAUAAAUAUUUAAAUAUAAAAAGAAAUUUUAAACAGAUAAAAAAGAUAUAUUGUUUUAUUUGUAUAAUUAAUAAAUUUUGUAAAUUUUUUGAAAAUAUAAAUCUUGAAAAAAAUUUGGAAAAUAUUAUAUCUUUAUUACCAUUACAUAUAAGUUCGUAUUUAUAUAAUAAACAUAAUGAAGAUAAAACAACUAUAUGUGAAUUUUUUAUAUCUUAUAUGAUAAGAAAAAAGAAUAUAUUUUUUUUCCAAUUUUGUAAAGAUAAUAAUAUAAAGAAUGAGAUGUUUCCUAUAUAUAUACCAAUGUAUAUAUUUAAUAAUUUUUAUCAAACUCAUUUUUUUUUAUAUUAUUUAUAUUGUGUUAUAUUUAAGAAACCCUUUAGUAUUCAUAUGGAUAAUACAUAUGUCAACGAGAAAAAGCACAUGGUUUAUAUUAAGGAUAUGUAUGUUUUUAAAAAAAAAAAAAAAAAAAAUAAUCAAAAACAAAAUCAUAAUUAUAAUGAUGAUAUAAAUAACAAGGAAAAUAAUAAUAAUAAUAAUGUACCUUUACAUCGUAUUUGUAUUGAUGAUUCAUCUUAUUAUCAUAAAGUAUUCUUUGUUUAUUCUCCUCUUCUUUAUGAGAAGGAACAAAAUUAUGGGCUCAAUAAAAAUAUUGUAACUCUAAUAGAAUAUAUGUGUAAAAGAUAUGAUAAAAAAUGUUUAACUAUAAAAGAGCAAAAAGAUAUUCUCAUGGGUUUGUUCUUUAAAGAAUUAAAUGUGAUGGAAGGAAAUUAUAUGGCUCCUUUGGAGGAAAAAAAAAAUAAAAAUGAUAAAAUGAAACAUGAUCAUUAUGGAAACUAUGACAAAAAAGGUGACAAAAAAGGUGAUCAGUGUGAUUUGGGUGAACAAAAAUGUGAUCAGUAUGAUUUGGGUGAACAAAAAUAUGAUCACUAUGAUUUGGGUGAACAAAAAUAUGAUCACUAUGAUUUGGGUGACCAAAAAAAUGAUCUGUAUAACCAAACGCUUAACAACUUGAAUAAUAAUGAUAAUAAUAUUUACUACAAACAAGAAAACAAUCCUACUAUGAGAUUCCCUUUAAAGGUAGAGAAGGAACAUAAUAAUGUCCCUAAUCUGAAUAAUGGCUCUAGUAUUUAUAAAAAUGCUAAAAUAUAUAAUAAUUCUGAUCAUAUAAAAAAAAUAGAAAACAUAACAUACGAAGGAGGAGGUAAUGAAUUGAAUAUGUUAAAAAAACGAGAAAGCAUUAAUUUAUUCAUGAAUAAAAUAAAUUGUGAGAGUAAGAUGAAAAAUAUAUUAAAAGAGUUUAAUAUAAAUGAUUUUUUUAAUUUAGAUAAGAAUGGGAUGUUUUUAUUAUUUCAAAUGUCUUUAUCAAAUUGUUUUUAUAUUAUGAAUAAUAUCUUUUUCUUUUAUCAUCACAAAAAUAAUAAUAUGGACAGUAGUAGUAAUUAUUUAAUAAAUAUAUUUAUUGAAAAUAUUCUAGAGUUUUAUAUACAUUUAAGUGUAACAUAUGUUCAUUAUAAGAAUAAAUUAUAUUUUAUAUUACAACAAAAUGUCGAAAAUUUAAAAGAUAUAUAUAAACAUAUAAUAUAUAAAAUAAAUACAUGUGUUCAUUAUGAUGAGAUAAGAAAUUUCGCUUUAAAAAUGAAAAAUUUUAUUAUCAUUUCAUCAGAUAUAAAAAUUGUACAAAAUAAUGAAAUGCUUACAUUAAUUCCAUGGAUUAUUUUUCAGUUAUUUUUCAUUAAAAAUCAUAUGAAGAAAAUUAUACAAUGUACUACAUAUAUGUUUCUCCUGUUCUUUAUUUUUUCGACAGAUUUUUUAUUUGACGAGUGUAUAAAUAUAUAUUUUAUUCAUUUGCUUAUGCAAUUCGAAAAUAAGAAAUAUAAAAAAUUCCAUAUGGCACACCAUAAUAAAGACAAUAAUAAUAAUAAUAAUGAUCAUAUGAAUGGAAUGCGUAUCCGUUAUUAUGACGAUAAUAAUAAUAAUGAUAAUAAUGAUCAUAUAAACAUUAGCAUGUUUAAUUACCAACUUUAUAAAAAACAGAAAAAAAAAUUUCAUAAGUUCCUAUCCACUUUUAAUUAUCAAAAGGAUAUAUAUGAUAACAACUUUGUUAACAUAUUCCAUUUAAAAAAAAAAAAAAUCGUCCUUAAAAAAAAAACGAUUUUAUAUAAUCUCGAAAUAUAUAAGAAUGAACUAGAUUUUAAUAUAAUAACGUAUAUUAUGAAAAGGUUAUACUCUUUUGAUCUUUCUUACUUGUUGAAUCUUUUUUCAAUAGAUGCUACAUAUAAUCAUAUGGAAAGUCAUAACCCGCAGACAUAUGUAAGAUCAAGAAAUACAAAGGAAGAUAUACAGAAAAACAUAUACAUACCGGAUAAGACAAAUUACUCCUUUAAGAAUAUAUAUAAUGUAAAUUAUAAUAAUAAUAAUAAUAAUGAGAGUGCCAAAAAUAAAUCUCCUAAUAAAGAUGUAUAUUAUAAUAAUAUAACAAAUAAAAUUAAUUUAUUGAAUAAAAAAAAAGAGGUCAAGAUAAGUAUAUUCAAAGGGGGGGAUAAGCAUGUUGUUCAUAAAAAAAAAAAAAAUAAAAUAAAUAAUAUAUGUUCCAUAAAUUUUUGUAAAAAUCAAUUAAGAUAUAUUUUGUUGUUAUAUGUUAAGAGGUUGAUAAUGGUAUUAGAAGGGUUGAAAGAAAAUGAGCAUGAAGAGAACGAUGGAAGUAUAUAUAAAGAUAAUAUUAAUAAUGAUGAUGAUAAUAAUAAUAAUAAUAUAUAUCAUAAUAGCGCAUGUCAUAAUAAACAAAAACAUUUAUCUUAUCAUAAUAAAAAAAAACUCAUUAUUAAUAUUAUGAAAUACAUUUUAUUCUUCAGUUGCACAAAAAAAUAUACAAAUGUUUGUCUUCUCUUAUUUGAUUAUUUCGGAUAUUACAAUGUUGUUAUUCAAUAUUAUAAAAAAUAUAAACUCAACGAUUUAUAUGAAUACAUAUAUUUUAAAAUAUAUUACUUUUAUAAAGAGACACGCUUAAAAAAAAGAAUGUACGGAUAUCUUUUUUAUACAACCCUGUUAAAAAAUAUUACCUCGUUAAAUAAUUUAUUUGUUCAUUAUAUUUUGAAUAAUUAUUUUUUUUUUCAUAGUAAGAGUGUGUGCAUGUUGAAAAAAAGUAAAAAAAAAAAAAUACAAAUGGGAAGGAUAUCGAAAAGGGAGGAAAAUGGAAAAAAUGAAAGGAACGAAACAAAUGAAAGAUGUGAAAGGAACGAAAAAAAUGAAAGAUGUGAAAGGAACGAAAAAAAUGAAAGUUGUGAAAGGAACGAAAAAAAUGAAAGUUGUGAAAGGAACGAAAAAAAUGAUGAACAUAAUAUAGAAAGAUUUGGAAAAAAGCAAAUGAAAGAAUUUAUGAUCAUGUCUUAUCCUGAAACGAUUAUACAACAUAAAGAAGAAAAUAUUUUAUCAUUUAAAAAUAAUAUAUUAUAUAAUAAGGAUGUUUGUAAUAAUAUAAAUAAUAAAUAUAAUAAUAAAAAAUGUUGUAAGAAUUUAUCAUUAUACUAUGUGAAGAAUUUUUUUUUUCAUAUAUCUGUAUAUUUUAUUAAAAGCUUAUUAUGCUCAAGAAAUAAUUUUAACGAUUUAAUAAAAAUGCGAAUUUAUUUUUUAUUAUUAUAUAAAAUGAAAUUUCUAAGAAAGAUAAAAAGUUAUUUAUUCAAAAAACACUUUGUAAAAUAUAUAGACUUGUUAUGUAAAUAUAAUAAACAUAAAGUUUAUAAAUGUGUAAAAUUUAUAAAUUGUGAGACAUAUAUUUCAAUAUAUGAAAAGCAUCAUAAUAUAAAUGUUAUAUUAUAUAUUUAUGAGAAGCAGGGUAAAUUUUUUAAAGUUAUACAAAUAUGUUUAAAAGAAAUAAAAAAUAAUAUAUCCAAAUUAUAUAAUAUUUUAAAGAAAUUUUUUAAAAAUAAUAAUAAUAAUAAAAAAAAAAAAAAAAAAAAAUAUAUAAAAUCUUUCUUUUUUUCAACAAAGGUAACUUAUGAUGAUAUGUUUUGUAUAAACUUUGAUCAUCAUAUUGAUAUAUACAAUUUUUAUAAAAUCCCCCUGAAAAAAAAAAUUACAAAAUGUUUGUUAUGUUCUUGUAAGAAAAAAGAACAACAAAUUGUGAAAGAUAAAAAUUUGUUUAUUCAAAAAAUGUUUGGGGAUUUGAAUUAUAUAUCCAAGGAGGGGUCCUUUUUUUUGGAAUGUUUUGUGAUUAAUAAAAGAAAGGGCAUGGCGAGUUGUCAUAGAUGUGAAGAUAUUCCAAAUGUUAUGGAUAUUAAGAAAGGACAUGAUUAUAUGAGUAUAAAUAAAAGUACAAAUGAAUAUUUAAAUAAAUGUAUAAAUGAAGAGGUUUGUCAUAAUUUACAAAAUACAUGCUGUAAUUUACAUUCUUCUUAUGAGAAAGGUAUCCAUUGGAACAAUGUAUAUGGAAAAUAUAAUAAUUGUGAAAAUAUGAAGGGACAUAAAAAACGCUUGAUUAAAUCUCGGUGGUUAUUUAUAAUAAAAGAAUACAAUAAUAUAUUUCUAUAUAUAUAUAUGUUAUCAUUUAUUUUAAAAAAGAAUAAAAUAACAAAUAAUAAAAUAAAUGAAUACAUAAUAUCAUAUAUACUUAAUCAGUGCAUAAAUGGUUAUAUAAAUAUACAUGAAAAGGUAAUAAAUUCUACUUUACAUAAAAAAAAAAAAAAAAAAAAAUUAUUAUUUUUUUUUAAUUAUAUAUUUGAACAAAUUAUUCUUUUUGUUAUUAAUAUUAAUUCUUAUAAUCAUACACAAAACGUAUGUCAAAAAAUAUUAUUAGAAUAUAAGCAAAAAUUCGAUAUCAAAUUAAUAAAAAUGCCUAUAAUACAAGUAUUAAAAAAUCUAUGUGACACUUAUAUGUUUUUUAACGAUACGAAUGAAAUUGCUCACAAAAAAAUUAAAGAAAGUAUGAAACAUUAUUCAUAUCAAAAAAAAAAAGGACUCAUUAUUAAUUUCGAACAAUCAAAUCAUAAGCAUAAGUUUAAUAUGAACCUACACAAAAAAAGUUAUGUGCUAUCUUUAAAUAAGCAAAAUUUGAAUCGUACUAUAACAAAAUCGUAUUUCUCUCAACCAAGCCAUAUCAUAUAUAUUUAUAAAUGUGACCAUAGUAAUCACUUUGCUUGUACAAACUUGUGUUAUGUGUGUGAUUAUGUGUGUCCACAAGAGAAAUAA